UUUUACGACAGUUCCGCUCGAUUGCCGGCAUAAACACAUGGGUGCCUGAACAACGAAAACAUGGGAGGUCAAAAGUUACGGUCCUAGUUUAUUACAGAAACGAAUCAUAACGGAGACAUGGCCAGUUCCAUGGUGGCAGUGGGACUUGCUUUGACAGCAGCUGGAUUUGCUGGUCGUUAUGCCAUACAGGCCAUGAAGCAAAUGGAGCCUCAAGUGAAACAGGCCCUUCAGAGUUUCCCUAAGUCGGCUUUUGGAGGAGGAUACUACAGAGGUGGAUUUGAACCAAAGAUGACUAAGAGAGAAGCUGCUCUUGUGUUAGGUGUCAGUCCCACUGCCAACAAAAAUAAGAUCAGAGAGGCUCAUAGAAAACUGAUGAUAUUGAAUCAUCCAGACAGAGGUGGCUCUCCAUAUCUAGCUGCAAAAAUAAAUGAAGCAAAGGACCUGAUGGACAACCAGACUAAGAAAUAGAAGUGAAGGUGCUGAUGAAACAUCCAACCGUUGCUCUUGUUAAUGCUGUUGCACUGAUAGACGAGAGAGAGCACGUCAAACUUUCCUCAGCUGAAAUCACACUGUACAAACUGAUAAUAAAAUCGUCCCUCGUGGUUAUCUCGUUAUGGAUCAACUGUCUGUACUUUUUUAAUAUUUUCUGCGUGACAGGGACAGUAGAUUCACAUCUUUUCAUUGUGAUCUGAAAACAAGAUGCGUACAUGUACAUUGAGUUUUUAUUCACUUUGAAUGUUGUGCUAACAUCUCAUUUCAUGAGCUUCUGAAGAGUUCAAUAAAGUUAAUGGAGUUUG